UAAAAACAAAUAAACAGCAAAGCACAAAGGAAAGUCGUGCAUAUCAAAGCAUUUCUGUCUGCAACUGCGAGUCUCUCUCUCUCUCUCUCUCCUUGUGUACAUAAAACAAUCUAAACAAUCCUCUCUCUCUCUCUCUCUAGUUUUUGUGUAGUUGAAUUGUAUUUAGAUCUCUAGUUUGUAUCUACUGCUAUCUCUCUAUAGAUCCUAAGUAGUCAAUUGGAGCAAUGGCCGGACGUUACGAUGCAAAUCCUUUUGCUGAAGAAGAAGAAGAAGUCAAUCCUUUUUCAAAUCCUGCUGGGCGUGUACCAUCUGCUGCGAAUUCGAGGCUUUCACCCCUCCCUCAUGAACCCGCAGAAUUCUAUGAUCGUAAUGCCUCUGUUGAUAUUCCCCUUGAAUCAGCUGCGGAUCUAAAAAAGAAAGAGAGGGAGCUUCAAGCCAAGGAAACUGAAUUAAAGAAAAGGGAAGAGAUAGUAAGACGCAAAGAAGAAGCUGCAGCACGAGCUGGUAUUGUUCUGGAGGAGAAAAAUUGGCCACCAUUUUUUCCAAUUAUUCAUCAUGACAUCGCUAAUGAAAUACCAAUUCACCUACAAAGACUGCAGUACGUGGCGUUUACAACAUACUUAGGAUUAGUACUCUGUCUUUUCUGGAAUAUCAUUGCCACUACUACAGCAUGGAUCAAAGGAGAAGAUCCAAAAAUCUGGUUCCUUGCCAUUAUCUACUUUGUCUCUGGGGUCCCAGGAGGCUAUGUAUUGUGGUAUCGCCCACUUUACCGAGCUUUUAGGAGUGAAGGUGCUAUGAAGUUUGCAUGGUUCUUCCUAUUUUAUCUGGUCCACAUUGGUUUUGUAAUCUUUGCUGCCGUGGCCCCUCCUGUAGUUUUUAAGGGAAAAUCACUUGCUGGUAUAUUACCUGCAGUAGAUCUCGUUGGUAAACAUGCUUUAGUUGGGAUUUUCUACUUCGUUGGAUUUGGACUGUUCUGUCUUGAGUCUGUACUCAGCAUCUGGGUUAUUCAGCAAGUAUACAUGUACUUCCGCGGUAGUGGAAAAGCAGCAGAAAUGAAGCGCGACGCGGCAAGAGGGGCCUUUAGAGCUGCAAUGUGAUCACUGCUACACGAGAAGAUCGUCUCAGAGUACCUUCCUGCCACACUCGUCAGAGAGUUUGACUCUACAUUGUGAAAAUAGUUUUUUCAGCUCGGGUUUUUUCAUUGAAGGCGUAAAUUGUUGGACUCCCAUGAUUUGAAUAUUUAAUUUCCUAUAUUUUUUUGUUUUGUUUAGAAGAGAGAUGUAUUAUCUGUUAGAUAAGAAAAAUGUAGAAGUAUUUUACCUGAUGCAUUGAAAAUUAUAGUCACGAGUACCUUCUGUAAAUCUUUUCCUAUUUUUUACUGUGAAACCGUGAGUUAAGUUA